GACUGGGAAGGAACAUAUGAGGCUGGGGAUGAAGAUUAGAGAGAGAGAGAGCCUCUUUCCCUUCUCCCUUGGUAUAUCCUUCAAGCAUCCUCGUAUUAUCCUCCCUCCCUCUCUCCGUCUCUCUCAAAUAUCAGACGGAACACCAUUGUCAAGCCUUCACACACACAUAUAUAUACACUCUCCGUCUCCCUUUCACUCUCCAAUGAAGGAUGGCUCCAUAUCCUGUUGCGCUGUACAGCUGCAACACCUCUCCCCUCUUCUUCUUCAGCUCCAAAUCCUUCUCCCUCCUUCACUCCCUCCUCCUUCCUCCUCAUCCCUCCUCCAGUAGCUCCCUCCUUACACCUGGACUCCACUCCUCCUCCUCCCUCCUCUCCAGCCAGUCCGCGGGUCCUUUCUCCUGCUGCCCACCUCGCGUCUCCACCGCCCCCGUCGAGUACGCCACUCCAUUUCCCGGCUUUGACUUCGGCCAUGAGCUCAACCGCCUCCGGGCUCUCCGGUCCCGCCUCUCCUCCGCCAGCUCCCUCGGGGAGAAGCACCGAGUGAUCGACGCCGACCCCAGAGUGAGCCACUUCUUCCACUCCGGGUCCGCUGGGCUCCUCGCCCGGGCGUCCGGACCGCUCGGUUUUGACUCCUACGAGCUGUUCCUGCUGAAAUGCUUGGUGGCAGGGGGGCAGGAGCACGUGCUGGGCACGUGGGAGGGGGAGGUGGAGUCCGUGCGGAGCUCGGUGAAGGCCGCUCUCUAUGCUCUGGUGGAGAUGAUCGAGAGGCUCGACGUUAAUGGCGCCGAGGGCGUUGGGAAGAGGAAAAUCGGCGGGUGCUUGGAGGACGAGGAGGUGCAGGACUUGAAGAAGCUGUUGAAGACUCUGCGAGAGAUGGAAGAGUUCUAUGACUGCAUUGGAGGAAUAAUUGGUUAUCAGAUCAUGGUGCUGGAGCUCCUCAAUGAAUCAACAUUAGAAUCACGGACUACCCACUGGCCCCAGCAUGCAUUAGCCUCUAUAGAAUCCGAGUUCGUGGAAAUUCAUUCUCCAUCUGGAAUUGACCUAUCCCGUAACACGGGGUAUGCAUCCCAAGCUGCUCUUUGGGGAAUUGAGGGUCUGCCGGACCUCGGUGAAAUUUACCCCCUUGGAGGCUCUGCAGAUAGGCUUGGUUUGGUAGAUCCUGACACUGGGGAGUGUUUACCAGCAGCGAUGCUUCCCUAUUGUGGACGGACUUUACUAGAAGGUCUUAUUAGAGAUCUCCAGGCCCGAGAAUUCUUGUACUACAAGUUAUACGGAAGACAAUGUAUCACACCCGUUGCAAUCAUGACAAGCUCUGCCAAGAACAACCAUGAGCGGAUUACAUCUCUUUGUGAGAAACUUCAAUGGUUUGGAAGAGGUCAAUCAAGCUUCCAGCUGUUUGAGCAGCCUCUCGUUCCUGCUGUCUGUGCAGAAGAUGGGCAAUGGAUGGUCUGGAAACCAUUCAUGCCUGUAUGCAAGCCUGGUGGUCAUGGGGUCAUAUGGAAACUUGCUUAUGACAAAGGUGUAUUUCAGUGGUUUUAUGACCAUGGAAGAAAAGGCGCAACUGUGAGACAAGUCAGUAAUGUUGUUGCUGCCACUGAUGUAACACUCUUGGCAUUAGCAGGGAUUGGCUUACGUCAUAGAAAGAAACUGGGGUUUGCAUCAUGUGAACGAAACUCAGGUGCUACAGAAGGAAUAAAUGUUCUUGUUGAAAAGAAUAAUGCUGAUGGCAAGUGGUCGUAUGGUUUAUCAUGCAUAGAGUACACAGAGUUUGGCAAGUUUGGGAUCAAUGAUGGACCUGUUUCGCCCAACAGUCUGCAGGCAGAGUUCCCAGCCAAUACAAAUAUUCUGUAUGUAGAUUUACCAUCUGUGGAGUUGGUUGCUUCAUGCAAAGAUGAAAGCAGUUUGCCUGGCAUGGUGCUAAACAUCAAAAAGCCUAUUGUGUAUAUGGAUCAAUUUGGAAACAGGCAUAGUGUAACCGGUGGAAGACUGGAAUGCACAAUGCAAAAUAUUGCCGAUAAAUUUGCCAACACUUAUUCUUCUCGAUGUUACAAGGCUAUAGAAGAUGAUCUAGACACAUUUAUAGUGUGUAAUGAACGAAGAAGGGUAACGUCAUCUGCUAAGAAGAAAAGAAAGCACUCCGACAAGUCCUUGCACCAGACUCCAGAGGGUUCUUUAUUGGAUAUAAUGCGGAAUGCGCAUGACAUUCUUUCUCAGUGCGAUAUUAAACUUCCUGAGAUUGAAGGAAAUGACAAAUAUCUCGACUCUGGACCACCUUUUCUCAUUCUUUUGCACCCUGCUCUUGGCCCACUUUGGGAGGUGAUAAGACAAAAGUUUUCCGGUGGUUCCAUUAGCAAAGGCUCUGAGUUAAAAGUAGAUGUUGCAGAGUUUUUGUGGAGAGAUGUUGAGCUUGAUGGAAGCCUGAUAAUUGAAGCCGAUAAUGCUAUGGGCUCAACCAAAUUGGAUGAUAGUGGUGAGCCGAUAUUAAAAUAUGGCCUCAGGUGUGGGAGAUGUAAGUUACAGAACGUCAAGGUCUUAAAUGAUGGGAUUGACUGGAAAUUCAGAGGCAACAUUUACUGGAAACAUGAUGUAAGGCGAUUCGAGUCAUUGAAGGUCAAAUUGCAUGGAAAUGCAGAAUUUGAAGCAAACGAUGUGACUAUUCAGGGAAAUCACGUUUUUGAAGUUCCAGAUGGUCACAAGUUAACAAUCACAGCAGCGCCUGCAGGUUUUGAUGCCCAACUUAUUCCAAUUGCACCAAACUUGAUGGAUACUGGUAGCUGGCACUGGAAUUACAUGAUUAUCGGUACAAACAUUCAAUUGGAAUUGGUAGGAUCGUGAAAACAGCAUUCUCACUCUCCAACACCCUCAUGUGAAUCAUGGUUCACUGAUGGCUUUCAGUCUCAUUGGUUGAACAGAAGUUUAACCUGUUUUCUCUGUUCGCGACUUUCCAUUAGAAUUCUUAUAGAGUUGACUGUAAAUUUCAAAGAUCAGCUAUUUCUUGUAGCUUCUGGCAUUGUACCUUGCUUCUCAUGUAACUCGAAAAUGUAUCUCUGACAAUCAAAAUAGUGAAAUUUGUACAUUAAUUGAUCUUCUCUGUUGCUGCAA